AUGUCGGUUCUGACACACGAAAAUUCUCGUGUGCAGACAUGUUUCGCAGAAUUCUUAUGCUCGUUUUCUUUUCUUACAGUCAAUGUUUUUUUGGAAAACCAGUUGUCCAUUGACAAACGGUUUACUGCUCUUGAAGCUCGAGUCAAACAGUUGGAGGCAUAUACUGCUAGGUGUCCUUGCGUCGAUGCAGUCGGAUUUAAUGUACAGCUGACUCAUGAUAUAUCUCCAUUCGCCCCAAGUCAACAUAUUAUUUUCGACAACAUUUUAGCAAACAUAGGGAACGGCUAUGACAAAUAUAGUGGCCACUUCACCGCUCCUUACCAUGGACUCUAUACCUUUGUUGUCAGUUUCACAAAAAUGAGAGACCGUAACCUAAGCGUACAGAUAGUUAAAAAUGGAGUCACGAUCACACAAGGAGUCACUAGCACAGACGAUGAAUUCGAUACAGCUACAGUGGCAGCUACUGUCGAGCUUAUUAAAGGAGAUAAAGUAUGGGCAGAGAACGCAUAUCCGGUCGACAAUGUCGAACAGGUUGACGGAAUGUGGACAUUUUUCUCGGGUCAUUUAGUAAUGUCGAUGCCAAACUAAACACGAUGUAUAACUUGUGGCUUAUUUCCGAACUGACGCAAUUAAAAUCUAAAUAUUAAUGAAAAAAUGUUUUGUUCGAUUUGACUAUUGUAGGGAAUAAUACAUAUUUUAAAAUGGUGUAAAUUUUCUGCACAGAACACGAAAAAAGUUUGACACUGCAUUUUGUACGCUGUUUUAAUGCUCCCCGAAGAUUUACGAUGAUUUGUUGCAGUUCUCGGUUUGUAUUAUAGUCCUUCCCAUCGGCAUUUGGCAUUAAUGCCUCAUCAACAAUGAUAAAAGUUUCGCAAAUUAAUCUUGCACUUGAUCACACAAAUUUUAAA